AUGAACAACCAGCGGUUUCUGGAACUCAUCGUAUCCCUGGGACUGUUGAUCCUGGUGGCCAGGAUCGAUGGCCGACAACAGAGUCCUUCGUGGUCAGGAUACUACCUGCAAAAUGACACACACUACUUCUUAUACGAGAAGCCAAAGCCCCCGACACUCGGAAAUAUUUCAAGGAAUCCGUUCAUCAAUGAAUUGGAGACACAGGACUCUUUCCCCACCAGGAUCAUAAAUGGCACAAGGGCUACUUGUGGCAAUGCCUACUUUCAGUGUUCAAUUCACUUUGAGGGCUACGGCAUUUGCGGCUGUAUUAUCAUAACGGAAUAUUUUAUUCUUACUGCCCACCACUGCGUCAUCGGAUCGGCUGGCAAGUACAGGAUUCGAGCUGGAACCAUGCAGGUGAACCGGGGUGGGCAACUGCGGGACGUGAAACUCAUAGUGGCAAACGCCGGCUACAACGAUUACACCAUGCGCCACGACCUUGCCCUGAUGAAGGUCAAAAAACCCUUCAAGUUCAACAGCUGCCUGCGGCCAGUAAAGUUGCCCUCACCCAAGAUUACAAAGUUUCCCAGUACUUUUGUUGUAUCCGGCUUUGGAAUAGCCUCUGAGAAUGCCGCUAACCUCCAGAAAUAUUGCCGUAUCGUUAAAGUGGACCUAAUUCCCCGGGCGCAAUGCCAGAAAAAAUAUAAGGGCACUGGAGUGAAAAUUUACAAGGACAUGAUCUGCGCCGCCCGCCGGUACAAGGACAGUUGCUCUGGCGAUUCCGGCGGUCCGCUAACCCACAAGGGUGUUCUCUACGGUAUCGUGUCCUUCGGCAUCGGUUGUGCUAGGCCUAAGUAUCCUGGCGUUUAUACAAAUGUGAAGCGGUUUAUUAAAUGGAUUAAAAAGUGUAUUAACAAGUAUUAG